CGGCGUGGAUCCGGGAUGGCUGGGACGGGCGGCUCGGGGGGCCCGAUCGGGGCCGGGGCCCUGGCCGGCAGCGCGCGGUCCAAGGUAGCCCCGAGCGUGGACUUUGACCACAGCUGCUCGGACAGUGUCGAGUACCUGACGCUCAACUUCGGGCCCUUUGAGACAGUGCAUCGCUGGCGGCGGCUCCCGCCCUGCGACGAGUUCGUGGGGGCCCGGCGCAGCAAGCACACAGUGGUGGCCUAUAAGGAUGCUAUCUAUGUAUUUGGUGGAGACAAUGGGAAGACGAUGCUGAACGACCUCCUGCGGUUCGACGUGAAGGACUGCUCCUGGUGCAGGGCUUUCACCACUGGGACCCCACCAGCACCCCGCUACCACCACUCAGCUGUGGUCUAUGGGAGCAGCAUGUUCGUCUUUGGGGGUUACACUGGGGACAUUUAUUCCAAUUCUAACUUGAAGAAUAAAAAUGACCUCUUUGAAUACAAGUUUGCAACUGGCCAAUGGACGGAGUGGAAAAUUGAAGGACGGUUGCCAGUUGCCAGGUCAGCCCAUGGUGCCACAGUGUACAGUGACAAGCUAUGGAUCUUUGCUGGCUAUGAUGGCAAUGCCAGGUUGAACGACAUGUGGACCAUUGGCCUGCAGGACCGAGAGCUCACGUGCUGGGAAGAGGUGGUCCAGAGCGGUGAGAUCCCACCAUCCUGCUGCAACUUCCCGGUGGCCGUGUGCAGGGACAAGAUGUUUGUGUUCUCAGGGCAGAGUGGAGCCAAGAUAACCAACAACCUCUUCCAGUUUGAAUUCAAGGACAAAAUGUGGACACGCAUCCCCACUGAGCACCUGCUCCGGGGCUCCCCGCCACCCCCUCAGCGGCGCUAUGGGCACACCAUGGUGGCCUUUGACCGCCACCUCUACGUGUUUGGGGGCGCAGCCGACAACACUCUGCCCAAUGAGCUACACUGCUAUGAUGUGGACUUCCAGACCUGGGAGGUUGUCCAGCCCAGUUCGGACAGCGAAGUUGGUGGGGCCGAGGUGCCAGAACGAGCAGCUGCUUCUGAGGAGGUGCCUGCCCUGUCCUCUGAGGAUCGGGGUGGCUUUAAGAAGUCCAGGGAUGUGUUUGGCCUGGACUUUGGCACCACCAACACCAAGCAGCCUUCCCCACCAGCCUCAGAGCUGCCCAGCGGAAGGCUCUUCCAUGCGGCUGCUGUGAUCUCGGAUGCCAUGUACAUCUUCGGGGGCACCGUGGACAACAACAUCCGCAGUGGGGAGAUGUACAGGUUCCAGUUCUCCUGUUACCCCAAGUGCACACUUCAUGAAGACUAUGGGCGGCUGUGGGAGAGCCGCCAGUUCUGUGACGUGGAGUUUGUGCUGGGUGAGAAGGAGGAGUGUGUUCAGGGCCACGUGGCCAUUGUGACAGCACGAAGUCGCUGGCUCCGCAGGAAGAUAGUACAGGCGAAGGAGCGACUGGCCCAGAAGCUGGAGGAGGAGGCAGCCUUGGCUCCCAGGGAGGCCCCUGGUGUGGCUGGGGCUGGGGCCCGGCUGCCCCUGCUGCGUGUGGCCAUCAGAGAGGCUGAGGCCCGGCCCUUCGAGGUGCUCAUGCAGUUCCUCUACACCGACAAGAUCAAAUACCCAAGGAAAGGCCACGUGGAGGACGUGUUGCUCAUCAUGGACGUGUACAAGUUGGCGCUGAGCUUCCAGCUGUGCCGCCUGGAGCAGCUGUGUCGGCAGUACAUUGAGGCCUCCGUGGACCUGCAGAACGUGCUGGUCGUGUGCGAGAGUGCUGCCAGGCUGCAGCUGGGCCAGCUGAAGGAGCACUGCCUGAACUUCGUGGUGAAGGAGUCCCACUUCAACCAGGUGAUCAUGAUGAAGGAGUUCGAGCACCUCUCAUCCCCACUGAUUGUGGAGAUUGUUCGGCGGAAGCAGCAGCCGCCGCCCCGCGCCCCCUCAGACCAGCCUGUGGACAUCGGCACAUCUCUGAUCCAGGACAUGAAGGCAUACCUGGAUGGGGCAGGCGCGGAGUUCUGUGACAUCACGCUGCUGCUAGAUGGGCACCCUCGGCCAGCCCACAAGGCCAUUCUGGCCGCCCGUUCCAGCUACUUUGAGGCCAUGUUCCGGUCCUUCAUGCCUGAGGACGGGCAAGUAAACAUCUCCAUCGGAGAGAUGGUGCCCAGUAGGCAAGCCUUUGAGUCCAUGCUACGCUACAUCUACUAUGGUGAGGUCAACAUGCCUCCUGAGGACUCGCUCUACCUGUUUGCGGCCCCCUACUACUAUGGCUUUUACAACAACCGACUGCAAGCAUACUGUAAGCAGAACCUGGAGAUGAAUGUGACGGUGCAGAAUGUGCUACAGAUCCUGGAGGCAGCCGACAAGACUCAGGCACUGGACAUGAAGCGGCACUGUCUGCACAUCAUCGUGCACCAGUUCACCAAGGUCUCCAAGUUGCCUACACUGCGGUCCCUCAGCCAGCAGCUGCUGCUUGACAUCAUAGACUCUCUGGCCUCCCACAUCUCCGACAAGCAGUGUGCAGAGCUGGGUGCCGACAUAUGAGGGCCCAGGUGGUGCCAGCCCACACAUGGAGAAUAACCAUGCCUGCCCUGCCCCCUGCAAAAACUGUGCUGGCAAUCCUCAGGCCUGUGACAGAGUGGUCAGACCUGCCGGCCAAAAGACAGGGUGCCCAGAGCCUCGGAAGAGAGCUGAGGGGACAUGGGGGGCUCCAAAUGCUCCAUUUCACUGCUGAUGCAGCAGGUCCCACAGGAAGUGGAUGGUGAGGCAGGUCCUCACCAGCAUCCCCUCCUGGGAUGGAGGUAUGGGUGGGAAGCUAGAGCUCAGUGAUGAUAGCAGGAGGAGGCAGGGGUCCUGGCCAGGGCCCAGUGGUGUGGAGAGCCCACCAGGGAGUUGGCUUUGGGUCCCCCACCUUGCAGGGACCCAACAUGGCUUGUAGAUCUGGCCACAAAGUCAUUGUGAAGGUCUCUCCAACAUGGGGGCCACAGAGCACCCCCUCACCCUCACCAAGGUCAGUGUAAGGGGCCUCUCCUAUCACCUGGAGUUUGUGUGUGGGCAAGAGGGAUGGGCAGAUACAGUCUGAUUCAAGAUGAAUUCUGUUGCCCUUCAAGAUGAAUUCUGGAGUGUGAAGGGCUCAAAGGCCCAACCACUCUGGACUGGGUCUGGAUUCCAGAAGGGCUUCAGGAUCCCACAUAUAUAUGUGUGCAUCAGGGCCCUGGGCUGUGCCAAGGAGAAGUCAGCAAAGAUGCCCCCCAGGUCCCUGUGUGUCCCUAAGUAUUCUCUGUUAUAGACAUGCCUUCAUUAAAGCUACAACAGUGCUACCUACUACACAUACCUUGCCAGUGUGGUCCACACCAGUGGGCUCUGGCCUUAGUCUUUGGCCCUCCUAAAGCUGUGAACUGGCCAUUUGGCCCGACUGCUGGGGAUUGAUCAGUCUUGCCUGAUUCUGUUCAUGUCAGCAACUAACCCACUCCCACCUGAGACAACCCAGACACAUGGGAGAAGGGGCUGUGGCAAGAAUGCAGACUGGCUUCUCCCCUCCUAAGCCUGGGGUAACCCUAGCCUCCUAUAUGCUGCACCAUAGGCUCCUGCAUGGGCUGGAAACGUCCUUCCCUGCCCCAACAGAAGGCCCUGUGUGAUUCCAUCCCAACUUGGCACUGUUCAGCCUCCUGAGAACAAGAAUCCCAGGGACCCUUCUGCCCCAACUGCCAGGAAGCCACUUUGGGAGAAAUGAUCUCUCUUACCUGCCUCAGAGCUCAUGUCCUUCCUCUGGCUAUACCUCAUGCAAACACAGCACCUGCCACUCCUCAACCCUUGUUGAAGAGCCUGGAUGUAGGUGGAUGGGGAGCCCCAGUGGCAGGUGAGCACCCUUAGGCAAGGGGAACCCAUCCAUAAGGCCAGAAGCAAACCCGGGGCAAGAAAAUAAGCCUGGGGCCCUGGGGAAGGAUCUGCAAAUCCUGUUCUGCAGCGGACCAGUUGAGACCCUUGUAACUGGCCACCUGACUAUCUUUUCUAGACAUGCUAUGAAUAAAUGAAGCCACAAACUAAGGGCUCUAAAAAACAAA